AAUCACUGUUUCUUGAGCGAACGAGAAAAAGAAAAGGUCACAGCAUUCAGUAUAGACCAAGAAGGGGGAAAAAAGAAAAAGAAAAAGAAAAAAAAAAGCAGCGGCAGUAGACAACGAAAAAAAUUUCGUGCUCAAAUCGAUGGCGUCUAAUCUCGGCCGCUUGAUCCGCCGUCCAGUAGCUACAUUAUUUUUCUUGAGAAGUUGUAGACAUGUCAGAAACUUCAGCCAUCAAAUCUUUCCAGGUGGUCCCAUCUGUCAAAAAUCUGCAAGGGAACUCUUGGGAUCCUUCCCAAAGGAUUCUCCUUAUCGAGUCUGGACUAGGUUGUUGUCAGCAGAUAGUGGUGAUUUGUUUGAGGCUGUUGUUCCUUUCAUGGGUGAAUCUAUUACUGAUGGCACACUAGCGACGUUUUUAAAGAAACCUGGUGAUCGCGUCGAAGUUGAUGAACCGAUUGCCCAGGUUGAAACAGACAAGGUGACCAUUGAUGUUGCUAGUCCUGAAGCCGGGGUUAUUCAAAAGUUUGUAGCCAACGAGGGUGAUACAGUGAUGCCAGGGACCAAGGUUGCUGUAAUAUCAAAAUCUGCUGCCGGUGACACACACGUUGCUCCAUCAGAAGAGAAAUCAAGCCAAGAGGCCCCUCAGGCAUCUCCUCCAGAAAAGAAGCAGAAGGUUGAUAAAGGAAAGCCAAAAGCAGAAGCACCCAUCAAAGAACAACCCAAACAAGUUCCCGUGCCUCCAAAAUCCUCAGCUUCAGAACCACAGCUUCCUCCCAAAGAAAGGGAGAGACGAGUUCCAAUGCCUAGACUCAGGUUGAGAAUUGCAACCCGUUUAAAGGAUUCGCAGAACACGUAUGCUAUGCUAACUACAUUCAAUGAAGUUGAUAUGACAAAUCUGAUGAAACUCCGUUCAGAUUAUAAGGAUGCCUUUGUGGAAAAACAUGGUGUCAAACUUGGGCUAAUGUCAGGUUUUGUGAAGGCUGCUGUUACUGGACUUCAAAGCCAACCAAUCAUAAAUGCGGUUAUUGAUGGCGGGGAUAUCAUUUACAGAGAAUACGUCGAUAUCAGUAUUGCUGUUGGUACACCUAAGGGCCUUGUUGUUCCUGUUAUCCGCAAUGCCGAUAAGAUGAAUUUUGCAGAUAUUGAGAAGGAGAUCAAUACCCUUGCUAGGAAGGCAAGUGAUGGUACGAUAUCCAUCGAUGAGAUGGCUGGAGGCUCAUUCACAAUAUCUAAUGGUGGAGUCUAUGGAAGCCUUUUAAGCACUCCUAUUAUUAAUCCCCCACAAUCCGCCAUCUUGGGCAUGCACUCCAUCGUGUCACGUCCCAUGGUGGUUGAUGGAAAUGUUGUCCCAAGGCCAAUGAUGUACAUUGCACUGACCUACGAUCAUAGAUUAAUCGAUGGACGAGAGGCUGUUUUCUUCCUUCGUCGUAUCAAGGAUGUGGUUGAGGACCCGAGGAGGCUUCUGCUUGAUUUAUAGGCACAAGAUUUUGCAAUUUGAUAACGUGUUUUGUUUAUCAAACCAAAUAAUGUACUCCUGAAUCUGAAAUUUUGGUAGGUAACCUUUAAGUAGGCUGUGACAUAGCCUUGUCAUGUUUGUUUCGUCUUUAGUUUCAUUGGAGGCGUUUUGAUUGUUUUGUUGGUCUUUGGAUCAUACUGCUCCAACUUGCAAGAGAAAGCAGCUGUGUUUUCAAUUCGUACAAUAAGAAAUUACUCACUUUGAUGUUGUUUGUGGCCA